AUGGCUAUCUACUCCAAAGAUGAAGCCUUGAUGUGCAAGGUCUUUCCAUCAAGUUUGGGUCCUGUGGCAAUGAGAUGGUUUAACGGUUUGAGGGCCAACUCUAUUGAGUCCUUCAAAAAGCUCACUCGGGCUUUUGGCGCUCGCUUUAUUACUUGCAGCAGGGUUCCUCGGCCUUUGGGGUCCUUGCUGUCUAUGUCCAUGCGAGAGGGCGAGACUCUUAAAGUUUAUUCGGACAGAUACGGGGAAAUGUUUAAUGAGAUAGAGGGAGAGCUUGAUGAUGUGGCCAUAAGUACUUUCAAGGCUGGUCUUCCAGUCGAGCAUGAUUUAAGGAAAUCUCUAACUGGUAAACCUGUUACUAGUGUACACCAAUUGAUGGAUCGAAUUGACAAGUACAGAAGAGUAGAAGAAGAUCAAUUGCAGGGAAAGGGAAAGGCUAAGGUAAUCCCUCAGGAUAGGAGGGAUUUCAGGUCGGACCGUUACAAUAAUAACCGACCUCGGAAAGACUUUGUUGGGCAAUCAAGUUCAGCUGACACUCAGGCGGUUAAUGCUGUGUUUCGGGAGCUGGUGCAACAGGUACUAGAGAAGAUCAAGAAUGAGCCAUUUUUUAAAUGGCCAAACAAAAUGACAGGAGAGCUUAAGAGACGCAACCAGAAUCUUUAUUACCACUAUCAUCAGGAUCAUGGGCACACAACUUAG